CGUAUUCAAUCCGCAUUCUAACAGUCGAGAUGGCAGCUUAUGCAGCUUUAGCUUCUCUUAUGCACACCAUCCAUCAGAUCGAGCAUCAUCCUUUUCCUCCAAUUUCUCUGGACAAAAAACAAGCUGAAUCUCUGACCGAAAAUGUUGUGUUCUUGCAAGAAUUUCUUGAAGGUUACAAGUGUCCUGUUGCUGAGGGCGAUGAAGCUGAUCCAUUGGAGAUGCGCAUCGCAGAUGUAGUUUAUGCUGCUGAGGACGUCAUUGAAUCCCACAUUGUUAAUCAAAUUCAUUCUGUUGUCUCAGCAUCUGCAGAUUUGUAUGAGCCUCUAGUGAAUGUGAUUGAAGACAUGAAUCUGAUCAAGAAAGAAGUCAUGGAGAUAGUUGCAGUGAAAGGUGAGUUGCAAAGACAUGUCUCAGCAUCUGCUAAUUCCUCAACAUCUUCACUCUUUAGGCUGCACAUCAUCACAACCAUGGUAGGCUUUGAGGAUGCCAUGCUUCAACUCAUGGAUAAGCUCACUGAUGGACGACUUCGUCGCCAAGUCAUCCCAGUCGUAGGAAUGGGAGGAAUUGGUAAGACCACUCUAGCCAGAAAUGUUUAUGCACAACCACUUAUUAAUCAACAUUUUGAUAUAUGUGCUUGGAUUACGAUUUCUCAACAAUAUCACAUAAAAGAACUUCUUUGUGAAAUUCUAUCUCAAUCCAAUAAAGAAGGGAAGGAAGGAUUGAGUCAAAUGAGAGAAGAUGAACUAGGACUAGCACUCCAUAAAUGUUUAUCAUAUAGAAGGUUUUUCAUUGUGUUGGAUGAUAUGUGGAGUAUUGAGGUAUGGGAGAAACUACAACGCUAUUUUCCUGACAACAUUAAUGGUAGUCGGAUAUUGGUGACAACGAGGCUAUCGAAUUUAGGAUCUCAAUUGGAUAACUAUUAUAGUCUUGAAAUGAAAUUUUUGGAUGAGGAAAGUAGCUGGAAUAUUUUUUGCAAAAUAGUUUUUGGAGGAAAAAGUUGCCCUUUGGAAUUGGAGAAAAUUGGAAAAGAGAUUGUGGAGAGUUGUAGAGGACUUCCACUAUCAAUUGUAGUGAUGGGAGGUCUUUUGGAAAAACUGGAACGAAGAAAAGAAUGUUGGGAAUCUAUUAGGAGAAGCAUAAGUUCACUAGUGAAUUCGGAGAAUGAUGAGCAUUGCUUGAAAAUACUGAAGUUGAGCUACAACCAUUUACCGGUAUAUUUGAAGCCGUGCUUUCUAUAUAUGGGAAUGUUCGAGGAGGAUAGCGAAAUCCGAGUGUCGACACUGUCCAAGCUAUGGGUUUCUGAAGGAUUCCUGAAACCAAUAAACAACAAGAGUUUGGAAACAAUUGCAAAAGAGUACCUAGAGAAACUUGUUGAUAGAAAUCUAAUUCUUGUUCACAAGUUUGGGAAAACUGGAAACAUAAAGUACUGCAAAAUCCAUGAUUUGUUAAGAGACCUUUGUCUGAGAGAAGCUGAAAAGGUGAGGUUUUAUCAUGUGGUAGGGCAACAGAGUCCUCAAAACACGUGUAGCCAACGUCGUGUAGUUAUUCCGAGAAGCACCUCAGGGAAGAAAGUCCUUCAUGCCAUGAGAACCAUACGAGAUGCACGUUCCUAUAUAAGUGAAAGUGAUGGUGAAAUAGUUGGACUAAUGCCCAAUUUUAGACUGUUGAGGACAUUGAAAGGUCAUGAGUAUCCCCUGGGAAGAUUGUUUGAGUUAGUUAAUUUGAGGCUUCUUGCUGUUGAAUCUGGUGGGAACCCUGCCCAACUUCAUUCUUCAAUCAAUCUCCUCUGGUGUCUGCAGACAUUAAUUGUGUCUCAAUUUGAAGAAGAGGUGAAUGCACCAGUUGAAAUAUGGGACAUGCCUCAACUUAGGCAUGUUAAUUACUAUGUUUCAUAUGGUAGUGGAGCAUUGCAUCUCCCAGAUCCUCCAACUGACAGCAUUGUUAUCAUGGAGAAUCUACAAAGCCUCAAAGGAGUAAAGAAUUUCAAGUGUAAUGAGAAGAUGGUUCGUAGACUGCCCAAUAUCAGGAAAUUGGGACUGAUUGGAUCUCCGGAUGACGACUAUUGUGUCCACAACAUCGAACGUCUGCAAAAGCUUGAAUCUCUUAGCUGUGAGUGCUUUCACAGGGCUGAUUUUUCGCGGAAGAUUACCUUUCCACACUCUCUGAAGAGUCUAACUCUUGAAAUCAGAUAUGGUAGAAUGGAAGACAUAUUGGAAAAGGUAAGUACAUUACCCCUUCUUCGGAAGCUCAAGUUGUUUUUUGGAAGGUUCGAAACACGCAAAUGGGAAACAACUGAAGGCCAGUUCCCGAGUCUCAAAUUUUUGUUACUCUCAAGUUGUUCCGAUUUGGAUUGUUGGACGAUGGAAAGCUCUCACUUCCCAUGUCUCGAGCACCUUCGUCUUCGCAAUGUAGAUUUGGAGAUUCCUGAAGAACUUGGUGAAAUUCCGACCUUAAAAUCCGUGGCCUUGGAUCGUUGCAGCAACUCAAUGGUGAAUAGUGCGAAGAGAAUGAUAGAGGAACAAGAGGAGUUACAAGGAGAAGAACUAUCCUUUAAAGUUACAAUUACGCUCAAGAAGGUGAACCAAGAGCUGCAGAGCUGGGUGAAUCCCAACUUUCAAGUCACUUGCUAGGCUAGCUACUCACUCAAGCGGUCUCGGAUUCAUUUUUGUCAAUAAUAAUCAUCAUUAUUCGAUACUGGGAAACUAGGAUCUUCAUCCACUUUUGCUCCUAAUCUUUCUGUUUCUCUUCUUUUUUCGUAUGGCUUCAACUUCCUAGUACUCUUUCCAUAUUCAUAUUUGAAGAGAGAGGAGAAAUGGGGUGUGCUGGAUU